AAAAAAAAAAAAGACGAGGCAGCCAGCAGGUGGGGCCAUUUCCCUCCCGUGGGGAAGGGAGUAUGAGCGGACGAGCGGCGGCCUCGCCUGAGGAGCACACAGUGCGCAGGACCCGCGGCCCAGAGGGGUGCAGAGUUCACCCCAGCGGCGCAGCGCGGCCGGGAGCCGGGAGGAGCGGAGCGGAGCGGAGGAGCAGCGCCCGGAACGGUAUCUCAGGAGCCGCGCGGAGCCUGCGCCCUCGACCGACGCCCCGGACCCGCUGCGCGCCCCCUCCCACAGCUCACCUGGUGCCAGGUGCCAGAUAAGAAAACUGAACCGCAGAGAGGCCAGGGUCACACAGCUCCACGCGCAGGCCUGACGCGAGGCCUGGCCUCACCCCGGAGCACCAUGGGCUGGCUCCGGUGAUCGACAGCUGUCCCUCGGCCCCUGCCCACUGCCGGCCAGCAGGAUGCAGCUGUGGAAGGCAGUGGUGGUGACGCUGGCCUUCAUGAGCAUGGACGUGAGCGUGACCACCGCCAUCUAUGCCUUCAGCCACCUGGACCGAAGCCUGCUGGAUGACGUCCGCCACUUCAAUGUCUUCGACUCAGUGCUGGACCUCUGGGCCGCCUGCCUGUACCGCAGCUGCCUGCUGCUGGGCGCCACCAUUGGCGUGGCCAAGAACAGCACCCUGGGGCCCCGGCGGCUGCGGGCCUCGUGGCUGGUCCUCACCCUCGUGUGCCUCUUCGUGGGCAUCUAUGCCAUGGCCAAGCUGCUGCUCUUCUCAGAGGUGCGCAGGCCCAUCCGGGACCCGUGGUUCUGGGCUCUGUUCGUGUGGACAUAUGUGUCGCUAGCCGCCUCCUUCCUGCUCUGGUGGCUGCUGUCCACCGUGCAGCCAGGCACCGAGACCCUGGAGCCCGGCAGGGGGGCCGAGGCUGAGGGUUUCCGCGGGGACGACCGGGUCCCGGACGAGCAGGCGUCAGGGGCCACGCUGCAGAAGCUGCUGUCCUACACCAAGCCCGACGCCACUUUCCUUGUGGCUGCUGCCUUCUUCCUCAUCGUGGCGGCUCUGGGCGAGACCUUCCUGCCCUACUACACGGGCCGGGCCAUCGACAGCAUCGUCAUCCAGAAGAGCAUGGAGCAGUUCAGCACGGCCGUGGUGGUCGUGUGCCUCCUGGCCAUCGGCAGCUCAUUUGCCGCAGGUAUUCGGGGCGGCAUUUUUACCCUCAUAUUUGCCAGACUGAACAUCCGCCUGCGAAACUGUCUCUUCCGCUCCCUGGUGUCGCAGGAGACAAGCUUCUUUGACGAGAACCGCACAGGGGACCUCAUCUCCCGCCUUACCUCGGACACCACCAUGGUCAGUGACCUGGUCUCCCAGAACAUCAACAUCUUCCUGCGGAACACUGUGAAGGUCACAGGCGUGGUGGUCUUCAUGUUCAGUCUCUCGUGGCAGCUGUCCUUGGUCACCUUCAUGGGCUUCCCCAUCAUCAUGAUGGUGUCCAACAUCUACGGCAAGUACUACAAGGGGCUCUCCAAAGAGGUGCAGAGCGCCUUGGCGCGGGCCAGCAGCAUGGCCGAGGAGACCAUCAGCGCCAUGAAGACAGUGCGCAGCUUCGCCAACGAAGAGGAGGAGGCCGCGGUGUACGAGCGCAAGCUGCAGCAGGUGUACCGGCUCAACCGCAAGGAGGCGGCCGCCUACACGGCCUACGUCUGGGGCAGCGGGCUCACGCUGCUGGUGGUCCAGGUCAGCAUCCUCUACUACGGCGGUCACCUCGUCAUCUCGGGCCAGAUGACCAGCAGCAACCUCAUCGCCUUCAUCAUCUAUGAGUUCGUGCUGGGGGACUGCAUGGAGCACCGUGUCUUCCGGAAGCCCCGGGAGCCAGCAGGCUGGGGAGCGCAGCCCACAUCAGCCUCCUGUGCGCUGUGUGGCCCCGGCCAGUCCGUGGGCUCCGUGUACAGCGGCCUGAUGCAGGGCGUGGGCGCCGCCGAGAAGGUGUUCGAGUUCAUCGACCGGCAGCCGACCAUGGCGCACGGCGGCAGCCUGGCGCCCGAGCACCUGGAGGGCCGCGUGGACUUCGAGAACGUGACUUUCACCUACCGCACGCGGCCGCACACGCAGGUCCUGCAGAAUGUGACCUUCAGCCUGACGCCGGGCAAGGUGACAGCCCUUGUGGGGCCCUCGGGCAGUGGGAAGAGCUCCUGCGUGAACAUCCUGGAGAAUUUCUACCCGCUGCAGGGUGGCCGCGUGCUGCUCGACGGCCAGCCCAUUGGCUCCUACGACCACAAGUACCUGCACCGCAUGAUCUCCCUGGUGAGCCAGGAGCCGGUGCUCUUCGCGCGCUCCAUCACAGACAACAUCUCCUACGGGCUGCCCGCUGUGCCCUUCGAGACGGUGGUGGAGGCCGCGCAGAAGGCGAAUGCACACGGCUUUAUCAUGGAGCUGCAGGACGGCUACAGCACGGAGACGGGAGAGAAGGGUGCCCAGCUGUCAGGUGGCCAGAAGCAGCGGGUGGCCAUGGCCCGGGCCUUGGUGCGGAACCCUCCUGUCCUCGUCCUGGACGAAGCCACCAGUGCCCUGGACGCGGAGAAUCCAGCAGGCCAUCCACGGGAACCUUCAGCAGCACACGGUGCUGAUCAUCGCGCACCGCCUGAGCACCGUGGAACGCGCGCACUGCAUCGUGGUGCUGGACAAGGGCUGCGUGGUGCAGCAGGGCACCCACCAGCAGCUGCUGGCCCAGGGCGGCCUCUAUGCCAAGCUGGUGCAGCGCCAGAUGCUGGGGUUCGAGCCUGCCACGGACUGCGCCCCUGCCAGCCACAAGGAGCCACUGGCCAACGGGGGCCACAGGGCCUGAGGACUCCGGGGCCCUGCCGCCAUGAACGGUGCCCGCUGCCCGCUGAGCCCAGGCCCGGCCCGGGCCAAGCCGGAGAACUCAUCCUCAGCACUGCUUCCUGCAUCUCGCCAACCCCUGGCCUUCAAGAGCCACCCCUCUGCUCCCCAUCCGGCCCCCAGGCUCCUAGUGAACGUCAAGGCACCUUUUUAAACCGAGGCCUUCCCAGGGUUUUUACUGCUUGGUUCCACACACUCUGGGCAACUCCUAGAUUUCAGACGUUUUUCUAAUUGGGAGCAAGGGCAGGCAAGGUCUUAAAGAUGUUCUAGAAACUUCUGAGCCAGGAGUGGUAGGUGGCCCUGCCUGGAGGACUGCAAGACAAGUGGCCCUGCCUCUGCCUCUCCAGCACAGGACUCCCCUGUCCCAGAGGGGGACACGGGGCAGAGCCCUGACCCCAUGUCAGGCCGAGGGUGGGUGGGAAGCUGGAAGUUGUCUGUCGCUGUCGCCCCCUGCCAUCAAAGCCAGGCUCACUGUGAAUACCGCCGACCUCACCGGGCAGCGAGGGAGGACCUGGCCGGGCCUGGGUGUUCCCGGCUGCACUGGGGACCCCGCUCUGUGGCCUGGAGGCCCAGAGCUGUCUGUGAGCUGCGGUUUCUUCUCAAUUCUGGAUCCGGCUCUGGCCAAGCCCAGGGCUGCGAGAUGCGGGGUGAACUCAGUCAAUAAAGUACUACCUCUCACCCCGA